ACCCUUCCCGCCGCAGGGCAGACGCGCGGUCACAGCGCCCGUCGCCAUCGCUCCAUUCAGUGCCCUCUCGUGUCGUCCAGCUAUCCCGUGUCGUACGUCGUGGCGUCGCCCUUCUUAUUUCGCCGCGUCCCACCCGGCCGCUGCGUCUCCGAGCUGAGCUCAGCUCGCUGCCAUCUCUUGCUGUCCCGUCGUCCAGUUCAGGCUUCAGGCCCCUUCCCGUGUCUGUCACCCAGUGCACAGCCCCAUCCUUUGUGUUCCUGCUCUCGUGCAGUUCUAGGAGAUGAGGAGAUCGUCUCAGGGGAUGAUGAGCCUGAGCUACGACGCGGGCGGCGGGAGCGGGAGGGGGCUGCUGGCCUGCUACGUCAGGGCGAAGCCGAGGCCGUCCAAGUGGGACGACGCGCAGCGGUGGCUCUCCUCCUCCCGGGCGCCCGACGACGACCGGCGCCGGAGCUCCUGCGCCGACGACCGGCUGCUGCUGCCGUCGGCGUCGCAGAAGGGGAGGCACUCGUGGAGCGCCGCGGACGCCGCCGCCGCCGCCGUGCCCGCGGCGGCGGGGCCUGGCGCGCGGGACGACGGGGACGCGGAGACGGAGGCGCAGACGAAGAGGGUGGACUCCGUGCUGGCGUACGGGCAGCAGCCGAGGUGCCUCUCGCUGCGGGACAUCGGCACGGAGAUGACGCCGGCCGGGAGCAAGGAGCCGUCCAGGGCCAACACCCCCCGCGCCACCCUGGCGGCCGACCCGGCGCCGGCGCCGGCGCCGUCCACGGCGGGGCGCGCGAGCGGAACCCACGCGUCGCGGUGCCGACCGGACGGCGGAUCGCCCCGGGGCCACCCCUGCAAGGGCGCCGACGCCGACGCCGAGGAGCGCGGGGAAGCCGCGGCGCCGACGGCUGUGUCGCCCGCCGGGGCGUGGGACGCCGCCGAGCGCGCCAAGCACAUGGCCAGGUACCGGCGCGAGGAGAUGAAGAUACAGGCCUGGGAGAACCGGCGGCGGCAGAAGGCCGAGCUGGAGAUGAAGAUGACCGAGGCCAAGGCGGAGAGGAUGAAGCUGCGGGCGCGGGAGAAGACGGCGAGCAAGCUGGCCUCGGCGCAGGCGGCGGCCAGGGAGAAGCGCGCGGCGGCGGAGGCCAAGCUGAGCCGCCGCGCCGCGCGGGUCGGGGACAAGGCCGACGUGCUGCGGCGGACCGGGCAUCUGCCGUCCUCCUCCUCCACCGGGUUCUCGCUCAAGCUGCCGCUGAUGUGCAGCUGAACGCCGUGAGCCCGUGCUCGUGCACGCGCAGAGCGCGCAGGGAGCGCCGGGGGUUUGGGAGUUGGGACGUCGCUCGUGCGUGUGCGUGUUCCCGGGCGUUGCGUUGAUGCGUCAUACGUGGCCGAGCGCUGGUGCGCGCACGUUUUGGUCUUCUGUUCUGAUGGAGACCGCACGUGCGGUGUGGCAGUCAAAGGGUGUGGUGUUCAGUUCCCAGAGUCUCGGUCGCUCGUCCUUGUCGAGUGGACUCCGUGGUUGCGGCUCGCGACCGUUACUCGUGCCCUGUUUUCGACCGUGGAGUUUUGUGAUGCGCAGCGCAGACAGAAAGUUCUAGACGGCUUGAUUUUAUCUGCGAAAGUCAAUAAAGGAAAGGAAAAUACAUUUUUAAA